AUGGAACAACCACCUAUUCGUAUUUUGAGACGACCAUGUCCACAUCCGUCUGAGAUUCAGAAAACACCACAGAGGCCAACUGUUGUCACUAAAACUCUUGAACAAAGAGAGGCAGAUUAUGCCGCUGCAAGGAAAAGGAUUAUGGGCUCCGCGACUCCGGAUCCAGCUGAAGUGGAAACGAAAGAUUCAGAAGAGUCUGACAUUACGAAGAUAACGGAAGAUAUUAAUAAUCUAACUUUGAAGAAAGAUUCAUGUAUCCGACUACCUCUACUACGACGCAGAAUACGGAGUUACAAACAGCCUCUAGAAGUUGGUGCCAACCGAAAGCAUCAGCAACAUGCGCAGUCUACAUCAAAUGGUGUUCGACAGAAUCUGAAUGGAACAAAUGCUGGUCUGCAACAAACGACUGCAAUCACUCUAAUGCAACAAUUCAAUUUGCUACAACAGCAAUAUCAGCAAACUCUGACCGGAUUUCAGAAACAGUUGGUAUCUUCUGGAGCUCAUUCGUCCACCAAUUUUAACCCUUUGAACUUCUCGUCAUCUCUUCCUCAAUCUCACAUCAACCACAAGUAUACUCACCCUCCAACUUUCAACUGA